AUGACUGAGAUCUGGCCUUUCUUACCGCUCAACUGCCACCGCGACAUCAUUUUCAACCUUUACCGUAGGCAUGACCACCGCCACUACCACUACCACCGAUGCAACUUGGACUUUGUCUCCCGAUUCAUCCUCAACCGAAGAGGCCGGAGACUCAAUCACCAUCACGUGGGUAACAUUCACUACAAUAACGGCAACAGUCAACCCAACCACCACGACUUGGACAACAGUAUCCCCAACCACUACAGCGUGGGAAAUACUGUCCUCAACUACCACAGCGUGGGAAACAGUGUCACCAACUACCACGCAGUGGAAGACCGUGUCCCCAACCACUACGACUUGGGCAACAGCAUCUUCAACCAGCACCACGUGGACAACAGCGUCCCCGACCACCACGGCGUGGAACACCGUGUCGGGGAGACCUCACACCAUCAAAAAGACUUGGACGACGAUCGUGACCUCGCCUACAACUACAACAACAACGGUCACUCCAUCCCCUACACUGGAAAGCUCACUGACGAGCACGUCUUUUGA